AUGCCAGAGAAUACCAUCCAGGACUCUUCCGCCCGGAGUUCCACAGCAACCGAAUCCCGGUCUGGUGAGGCGAUAAGGGGAUCAGUUGAUGGGAACGGCGACAUGGAAGAAAAGAGACACAGAACUCUUUAUAAUGCUGGCAGAACUGCCGCUACCAAUCCAACUGAGACGAGCAAUUCACAAUCGCAACCGACUAGCCAUGUCGCCUCCGCAGUCGAUUUCGAAAAAGGUUUACCCGCAGAAGGCGAAUUGCAAGUUGGUGUAAGUGACGACGGGAACAUUGUGUGGUGGGAUGGUGAUAAUGACCCUGAAAAUCCUUUCAAUUGGCCAACAUGGAGGAAACUUGUCAAUUGUGUACUCAUUAGUGCCUUGACGUUUGUGACACCUCUGGCAUCGUCCAUGUUUGCGCCAGGUGUUCCGUCUUUGAUGACAGAGUUUCGUAGCACAAGCUCUGAGCUGGCGUCAUUUUGCGUCUCUGUUUAUGUGCUUGGAUAUGCAACAGGUCCGAUGGUCUUCGCACCACUUUCAGAAAUGUAUGGUCGCCCGGUCAUUUACAACAUUGCCAACAUUGGCUUCAUAGCCUUUAUCAUUGCCUGCGCCAAGGCACCGUCACUUGAUUCAUUAAUCGCUUUCCGGUUCAUGAGCGGUGUAUUUGGCUCCUGUCCUAUAACCAAUGGAGGCGGUACCAUUGCAGACAUGAUCGUACAGGAGAAGCGAGGUGCUGCCAUGGCAAGUUUUGCUGUUGGACCUCUCCUCGGACCCAUCAUUGGACCAGUAGUUGGGGGAGUCGUUACAAACGCCCUUGGUUGGCGCUGGGUGUUCUGGAUUAUUGCCAUAAUUGCCGGAGUACUUUCCGCUCUGAUGCUGCUAUUCUCCAGAGAAACAUACGCCCCUGUCAUACUUGAACAGAAAGUACGAAGACUGCAAAAAGAAACAGGCAACAGCUUAUUGCGAUCAAAACUUGAUCCGGGACUCAAACCACGAGACUACUUUAGCAGGAGCAUUCUCCGUCCAUUCAAAAUGCUGUUGUUCUCUCCCGUCUGUAUUAUCUGUGGGUUUUAUGUCGGCCUGGCUUAUGCUUACCUAUAUCUCAUGUUCACAAGCCUAACGCCACUAUUCAUGCGUAUCUACCAUUUCGAUACUGUUCACGCUGGUCUAACAUUUCUUGGCCUCGGAGUUGGAAGUAUGAUUGGAGUGGGUUACUUCUCCGUGUCGAGUGAUAGGUAUAUCAAGAGAAAGGCGGCUGAAGACUCGGCUGCUACCGAAAUGAGAGGAGAGCAGCCAUCGGGUGUCAAACCGGAAUAUCGCCUACCUCCACUUAAGAUUGGUGCAUUUUUACUACCCGCCGGGUUUUUUAUCUACGGUUGGACCGCAGAAUAUAAAGUCCAUUGGAUCGCCCCUAUCAUCGGCACAGCAAUUAUCGGGGUGGGAAAUUUGAUCAUAUUUAUGGCUCUCCAAAUGUACCUCAUUGAUAGCUUCACGAUAUAUGCUGCAUCUGCUCUGGCGGCAAAUGCUGUAGUCAGGUCUAUCGCCGGGGCUGUAUUACCACUUGCUGGCUUGCCAAUGUACGAUAAGCUGGGUCUCGGUUGGGGAAACAGUUUGCUUGGAUUCAUAGCCAUGGUCAUGAUUCCCGCUCCUUGGCUCUUCAUCAAGUAUGGCGAAUACCUGAGGAAGACAUUUGAGAUUCAGAACCUGUAG